UAGCAAUUUGUUUAAAACAAGUUUUUAUGGUUUGAAAACUAAACUAAAAAUUAAGGGUGAGAAAUGAUUUUACUGUUACAUGUCGGUCAUUCCUAAAUUAGAGAAACUGUCAUUAGCUAGUGAUGACAUUACAAUGAUAUCUGAUGGCCAAUUUCCAGGGGACCUCUUUUGCAAUGUUAAAGUUCUUCGUCUUCUUACAUGUAAAGGUCAAUCACCUGUUUUUCCAAUUCACUUCCUUCAAUGUUUCCACAAGUUGGAAAAGCUUCAUGUAAUUUAUUCUGAUUUCAAGGAGUUAUUCCCUUCUGAAGGAGACACUGAUGGUCAGGAGAAAUGUGUGGGAACAGUACAAUUACAUAUUAGAGAGUUGAAGUUGCGAUCACUUCAUAAUCUGAGGCAUAUAUGUAACCAAGACUCUGGAGGAGCUGGCCUAAUUGUUCAAAAUCUUAAAAUUCUGAAAGUGAUUGGCUGUCCUGGCUUGAUUAGCUUAUCAGCAUCUAUGGCACCUUUCCACAGUCUCACCACUUUGGUUGUAUUUAGUUGCCAAGGAUUAAGAAACUUGGUUUCACUCUCAACAGCUCAAAGCCUGGUCCAACUAGAAACAAUGAGCAUAAGAGAAUGCCACUCGCUGACUGAAAUGGUUGGAAACGAGAGAGAUGGUUUAGAAGAUGAGAUUGUUUUUAUGAAAUUAAAAGUUUUGAAACUCAUAGAGUUAAUAAAACUCACAAGCUUCUGUUCAAGACUUAAUUUCACCCUCAAGUUCCCAUCUUUAGAAC